AUGAGCAUCUCUGGAAUAGCUGACUCUCUGAUGCACAAUUUACCAGAUGAAGAAACAAAAGCCAGCAUCUUGCAACAAGACAACAACUUCAGGCCAUUUUUUGACACAAUAACGACCGGGGGUCUCAACUACGCAUGCGCCAAAGGCGCUGACCUUGACGACCCGGCGCCAUACUUCCAAGAGGUGACCAGACGACCAAAACACGUGCUUAUCGUGGGUUCAGGGGUGGCGGGCCUGGCUGCGGCUUACGAGCUACAACAAGCUGGGCAUGAGGUCACCAUUCUUGAGAGCGAACACAGAGUCGGGGGACGCAUCAAAACAAUAAGAUUCGCAAAUGGACUUCACGCAGACGCUGGAGCGAUGAGAUUCCCACCAAGCCACUACCUGACGAUUCAUUACAUGGAACAUUUCAAUGUCCACAAAUGCCCUUUCAGAGAAAAUAACCCUCACAGCCUGUACUACAUUCACGGAGAAAAACAUACUUUAUCUGAGAGGAAUCGGAACCCUGGCUUUUACUGUGACAAGCACUGGAAGGGAUGGGACAACAAUAUCACCCCUCAAAUCAAAGAAGCUUUGAAUAUAUCCGACAUAAUGUCCUACUGGAAGGCGACUAUUGCUCCAGUGAUGAAGGAGCUAAUGCAAGAUGGGAGUACAAGUGGCUGGGAUCUCUGGGUGCGAAAGUGGAGUUCCAUGUCUCUCCACGAGUUCCUUCAUACUGACAUCAACCAGGCGACGUCUCAUAAACUGAGGCCAUGGCCACAAAUAGCCAUUGAAGGAUAUAUCUAUCUCAGCUAUGCUGCGUCCUUCCUUAACAACAGUCUGAUUGAGACUCUCCGUAAUGACAUGGGCAGGUUCAUGUUGGAACCUGUAUACACUGCCCGCGACGGGAUGGAUGCACUACCACUUGCUUUCAUGCGGCCAACCCCAAAUGGCUGGAAUCCUGAUGUUAAUCUUAGCAGAUGUAUCAAAUACGGCGUACGGGUCUACACUGUUGAGAAGGUGAUGUCUGAAGGCGGCGAAGAGCUUGCCAUGGUAACGGGAUGGGACGAGGUAUCAGAUGACUCUGUAACCUACACGGGGGACGCUGUCAUCAUCACCGUUCCUCUCCCCAUCCUCCGGCAGAUGAACGUCCCCUUCUCUCCCGAGAAGCACCGUGCCAUUGCUGCUGCCCACUACAUACCGGUUAACAAGAUAGCGUUACGGUGCAGGACUAGCUUCUGGAAGUCCUCCGGUGGUCAUCAGGGUGGAAUGGCUACCACCGAUCUCCCGAUUGGUCAACUGUAUUAUCUUGAUGAGAGUAACUGUGGUUCCCCUAUCGACGAGGGUGGCGUCAUCCUAGUGUAUAAUAAGGGCCAGGACAGCGUGUUCUUUGACUCGAUAUCUGAUGCAGCAGCCAUAGAGAGUGCUGUGGAACAAGUUGCAAAAAUACAUCCCGAGAUAGUUGACGAGUUUGUAGAGGGCGUGGUGAUCUCUUUGGGGAAGAACGUCCACGCCCGUGGGGGAUUUAUACGCCAAUCCCCCGGCCAACACGAUCAAAUGAUGUGCCUUCAGGAAGCAGAACACCCAGUCUACCUUGCUGGCGAGGCUCUUUCACAUUCUCACGGCUGGGUGCAAGGGGCCAUCGAAUCGGGGCUGAUGGCAGCCUAUCAGUUCUGUCGCCAAAACGAAGCUGUUGUUUUUAAAUCUGAUUGCUCCUCUAACCCAUGUUCAGACUAA